ACCGGCCUUCCUCUCCCCCAAGACAGAGACCCAGGAGCCAGCCUCAACAACUGACAUAGGAAGGGCACAGGCCCUCGCCUCCCCACUGCCCACCGGGUGCCACCUCCGCCUCAGGCGGGGUGGCAGCUUGCUGGGCCCCUGGCCGGGCAGGGGCCCCUCCUCCUCCCCGUCGGACUCUUGACCCCGCGCCCCGGCCGACCGCCGCCAUGUCCCGCCCGGGCCCAGGGGCGCUGGUGUCGGGGAGCGGGCUGGGCUUCCCACCCCAGAACCUGGCCCGCGUGGUGGUGUGGGAGUGGCUGAACGAGCACAGCCGCUGGCGACCCUACACCGCAGCCGUCUGCCACCACAUCGAGGCCAUGGUCAAGGAGGACGCCCGCGGCUCGGUGGUCCUGGGCCAGGUGGACGGCCAGCUGGCCCCUUACAUCAUCGACCUGCAGUCCAUGCACCAGUUCCGGCAGGACACGGGGACCAUGCGGCCCGUGCGGAGAAACUUCUUCGACCCGUCCUCGGCCCCGGGGAAGGGGAUCGUGUGGGAGUGGGAGAACGACGGCGGUGGCUGGGUGCCCUACGACAUGGACAUCUGCAUCACCAUCCAGAACGCCUUCGAGAAGCAGCACCCGUGGCUGGACCUGUCGACCCUGGGCUUCUGCUACCUGAUCUACUUCGGCAGCAUGUCGCAGGUGAACCGGCAGACGCAGCGAAAGCGCCGGCUCCGGCGCCGCAUGGACCUGGCCUACCCGCUGACCAUCGGUUCCAUUCCCAAAUCCCAGUCGUGGCCCGUGGGCAGCAGCUCGGGCCAGCCGUGCUCGUGCCAGCAGUGCCUGCUGGUCAGCAGCACCCGUGCGGCGUCCAAUGCCAUCCUGGCCUCGCAGCGGCGGAAGCUGUUCCCGGCUGGGCCGGGGCCGGGGGGCGCGGCGGGGGCGACCCCCGGGGCCGGGACCACAACCGUGCGGCAGAGCGACACAUUCAGUGCAGCGACGACGACGACACCGGCGCCGUGGGCCGGGGGUCCAGGCAAGGGGGACCAGGACCGGACCCCCGGGGGGCCACCGGAGACCACCUUCUCGCGGAGCCAGAGCGCCCCCGGGGGUCCCGACCUCCCCGGGCCCAACGACCUCAACCGGCCACGGCCGCCGCGCGGUACCGUCGUCAGCGCCAAGACCUCCUCCAUCCCGCCGGGAGUCCCUGCACUUCCUGUCAAGAACCUGAACGGCACAGGCCCUGUGCACCCGGCCCUGGCAGGAAUGACGGGCAUCCUAAUGUGUGCGGCGGGGCUGCCCGUCUGCCUGACCCGGGCACCCAAGCCCAUUCUCCACCCGCCACCCGUCCACAAGAGUGACAUCAAACCGGUGCCAGGUGUCAGCGGAGUCUGCCGCAAGACCAAAAAGAAACAUCUCAAGAAGAGUAAGAAUCCCGAGGAUGUUGUCCGCCGGUACAUCCAGAAGGUGAAGAACCCACCAGACGAGGACUGUACCAUCUGCAUGGAGCGGCUGGUCACGGCCUCGGGUUACGAGAGUGUCCUCCGACACCGGGGCGUGAGGCCGGAGCUGGUGGGCAAGCUGGGCAAGUGUGGGCACAUGUACCACUUCCUAUGCCUGGUGGCCAUGUACAACAACGGCAACAAGGAUGGCAGCCUGCAGUGCCCCACCUGCAAAGCCAUCUAUGGGGAGAAGACGGGCACGCAACCCCCUGGGAAGAUGGAGUUCCACUUGAUCCCCCACGCACUUCCAGGGUUCGCCGACUCCCAGACCAUCCGCAUUGUCUACGACAUUCCCACGGGGAUCCAGGGCCCGGAGCAUCCCAACCCUGGCAGGAAGUUCACAGCGCGGGGCUUCCCACGGCACUGCUAUCUGCCCGACAACGAGGAGGGCCGCAAGGUGCUGCGGCUGCUGAUAAUGGCGUGGGAUCGGCGUCUCAUCUUCACCAUCGGGACGUCCAACACGACGGGCGAGUCGGACACAGUGGUCUGGAACGAGAUCCACCACAAAACCGAGUUCGGCUCCAACCUCACAGGCCACGGCUACCCCGACCCCAACUAUCUGGACAAUGUCCUGGCCGAGCUGACCGCCCAGGGGGUCUCAGAGACGCCUCUGAAGGACUGAGCGCGGCCCCCUGACCCCAUCGUCCCCCAGACACCCUCUCCUGCAGCCCGGUGGCCCUCGGGCCUCCACCAUCCCUUCCUGUCCACCCCAGGCUGGUUUGAGUGCAGUCCUCCCCUCCCACCCAUGCUGUGUGGUGGCAGGAAGGGGUGGGAGAACCUGGAAGACACACUUGCCUGAUGGACACACAUCACACACACUUCCACACACACACACACACAUACCAUGUGAGUAGAGAACGUGUCUUGGGCUUCUGUUGUACUUUUCCAAGCACUUAGUACAGUCCCCUGCACCUAAUGGGAGCUCAGUAAUUGCCACUUACUAACGCACAUCCUGUCCCUCCCCAAGAACGGCAGCAGAGAUUUACAGUGACACCCCUCUACACGGCUCAAGGUGCUGCGGAUAUUUGCAGAGACACCUUACACGCACUCACACACACAAACACACCCCACCUUCCCCACCUUGAGAGGCUGCAGAAAUUUGCAGAUGUGCACACACGGAUUUGUCGAACCCCACUGCUGCAGCAGGACAUGCACUUCCUCGCCUGGUACAAACACCCACACGCACACACACGCACCUCAGGCACUAGGACGCAAGCCCCCUCCCGCACCCCCUCCCCACCGCACCCCCAAAAACGUGAACCCCCGGAAGCUCUUGCGAUGCAGCCUGUCCAGCCCAGGCAGUGGGGAGAACGAGGCCCCGUCCCUGCCCUCCGUUGCGUUCGGUCCGUCAACCGGUGCAGGGUCGUGGAGGGUCCGGGAGACUCAGGUGCCCCGUUACCCAGGUGGGGUGGGUGCAGCUGAGGGUCUGGCUUGAGUUUGGCUUCGUGUCCCUCUCCCACACACACACCCUCCGCAACUCCUCUUGUACCCCUGCUCCUGCCCCUCGGCUUCCUCUCCCGUGCCGAGUCGUGGCGUGUGUCUGUCCAAAGGGAGGAGGAGGUGCUGGACCCCUUGAUCCCCUGCCCUCCUCCUACCAGGGGCUUCAACCCUGAUCCGGGGCCCCAGAGAACUGGCCCUCAGAGGGAGAUUGGCCACGAAGAGUUAAUUUUCCUUGCCGGGGGGGUCGGGCCUCACCGACCCCAGCCUAUCAGGCAGCUGUAGCCAUGACUACGCACCAGCUCCGACACCCUCGAUUGGUUAUAUUGUUGAAGUUGGGCAAAAUUUGGAAGGAAGAGGGUGUCUGCUCUUUUUUUUUUCUUUUUCUAACCAACCAUUUCCGCUGUGGGCAGAGAAAUAAACUCUCUCUCUUCCCCACCUCGUGCUCCCUGUGGGCAAAGGCUGGGCUGGCCGGGCAGGGAGCGAGAAGUUGUGUCUCUCUGGUUCCCACCUCAAUCAAUCAAUCAGUUGUAUUUAUUGAGUACUUACUCUGUGCAGAGCACUGUACUGAGCGCUUGGGAGAGUACAGUAGAGUUGGUAGCUACGAUCCCGGCCCUUAAAGGAGCUUAUUAUCUAGUGGGGGGAGAUAUUGAAAUAAAUUACAGAUAGGGGAAGCGAACGAGUAUAUGGAUAUGUUCAUAAGGGCUGUGGGGAUGGGGUGAGUUUCUAGGCACUUAAGGUGAGGAUCCAAGGGCAAGGGAGAAGAGGAUGGGGAGAUGAGAGGUUAAUCGGAGAAGGCUUUCUGGAGGAGGUACCCUUUUUGUAAGGUGGCCUUUUGCCUCAUCUCACUCCAGCAGGAUGUAAUAAUAAUAAAAAUAAUAAUAAAUGUUAUUAUAUAUAA